AUGGCUCCUGGUGUGCCGAGUAUAAAGAUCAUUGAACCGAAGUCAUCAGCGGAUCCGGAUGGUGAAGAAUCUCGAGACAAUUUUGGAAAAGUUAAAUUUGCCGUUCCGUCAAAGUCAUCGAAACGUGUUGGUCAUAUGAGUUUUGCACCACCGCUAGCAGUUGACAGAGGUCAAGAUAGACUAGCCAAUCCUUCGGUUCGUGCAAGUCCAGUUGAAAGAAGAAGAAAAAAGGUGGCCCUCAAACCUGGACACUCUGCUGUUGACUGGGAAAGGAGUAAAAAGAAUGAAGAUGUUCGAAAAAUAGACCCAUCUAGUUUUCCCAUGAGGAUAACAAAGGCACAAUUGAAGCAGCAUCACAGUGGAAAAGACUGCUGGAUAUCUUUAGGCGGAAAAGUCUAUAAUAUCACCAACUACUUGGAUUAUCAUCCUGGUGGCAGGGAGAUUCUAGUUGAUAACUCUGGUGCAGACGGAACAAUGAUGUUUCAACGGUAUCAUCCUUGGGUCAGCUUUGAGAAGAUUCUUGAUGCUUGCUUUAUUGGAUUUUUAGUCUGA